AUGUUAUUCCUAUUUGUCAAGAGCAGUCUCACGACACUUGGCUUUAUCAAAAAUCCUCAAAUGGCCGGCGUUAUUGCUGGCAAAUUCACUGCGUUACUCCCCGACCGAAAUGGGGUGUUCUCAGGAAAGGCUGCUGAUCAAAGCGUUGCAUUAAUUUUACUGGCCGCACGUUCAAACCAAGUUACCCAGUCUCACGGUCUUCCACCCUCAACAGUCCCAUGGGGAUAUUCGGCCCAGGCUUUCAAGUGCUGGGGGACUAUAUGA